GCAACAACAGCAGCAGCAAUAACAGCAGCAAGCAGGAGGAGGUAACGUGGACCAUGGAGAACCAGGGAGACUGUGCCCAUGACGAGGAGAUGGAGAGGAGAAGCCCGGAGGCGCUGGCGAUCGCCGCCGCAGCGGGAAAAGAUCAAAGCGACGACAACGUCGACAUCGGCAAAGCCCCCGUGAUAUCCUUGAGCCCCCAGGACAGAGCUCUGGUCGCGGUCAAGAGAGCCGCCGCGGCAGCCGCGACCGCGUCCGCAGCGGCGGACUUGGCAGCGGCGGCGGCGGCGGCGGCCGAUGCGGCGCCACUGGGUACGGCCUCCUCCGCCUUCGCCAAAACGGCGGCGGAAAAAACCGGCCACGCCGGCGACCCCCCUGUUGCCCUCUCCCCACCUUCUAACGCCGGGGACACCGUUUCCGGAGGCAAGACGGUCGAAGAGAGACUGGCGAUCCUGCAUCGCGCCCACAUUGCGGCCCUUCACCUCCAGGAGGGGACGUCCGUGGCGAACGAAGCCCUCCGCCAGGCGAACCUGGCGCUCCAGCAGGAGAACGGUGCCAUGGUCCUCGAGAGCCAGGUCGUGCGGGACGAGUUUACCGAGGCGCUUCGAGACAACCACGCUUGGUGCCGGAAGAACGAGGUUCUGGGUCAGGAGUAUACCCGGGCGUUCCUUGCCAAGACGGCUGAGGUGUUCGACCGGAACAUGGAGCUGGAGAGCGAAAACGAGAAGCUUAGGGCCAAAAACGCAGAGCUGGCUGACAAAGCUGGGAAAGCGGAGCGCAGGAUCUUUCUACCGACGAUCCCGUGGCGGAGGCGUCCCUCUUCCAUUUCCACGCCGAGGCUUGACCCCGUUGUCGGAGAGCAGACCGAGUAGUCGGAGCAGGGGUUGCUUUUUCGUUCUCUCUGCUGGUCGUAGGGCCGCAUGCCACGCACAGGCCCACUGCCAGCACCACCAGUUCCACCGCCACCGGAGACGUUUCUUUUUUUGUCUUCGCCACAGGAGGAGCCGCUUGCACCAGACAUGGGCCUCUCCGUGGGGUUAUUAGCGCCCUGUCGUUUCGCGAGGGAUCCAUUUUUAUCGUCGUUCUUGGAAGGUGUACCCCUCUUUUGGGUGGUAGGCUUGUGACCUUCAGUUGGACCAGUACGGAUAUUAGAAGGUACUGAGCGGAGACCGGGUCGGAUUAAAGGUGAAGCAACAGCAACAACAACAAAAACAACCAUGUCGCGUGAGAGAGUCGGUGCCUUGCCUUCCAAGAACGGCGAACGCUCGAACACGAACCUGACCGUGUGCGUACGGUAAAAAGAACUCUCGAGCACACCUGCUGUGAGCAUUGCUUGUCUCGUGCAUGCUCGACCGUGUAGGAGUCAGACGAAGUCGACUCGUUUUCUGAAUCCGUAGAAUCCCGCCGUUUCAGUACCAGGUGCUUCAGCGGCAUAUCUGCGAACCUUGUAGCGCCAACUUGGGUUUUGGGUAAGACGCGCGCAGUCGGCGGAGAGAUGAAGGAGUGGUUUGGUGGAGGCGUUCACCUUUCUUUGUGUUGAUCCUCUCGCAAACGUCAAGCGACACAACGGUUCGGUUCGAGCCCGUUUCGUGGCGAGCGUAGGAGGCGCGAAGUGCACGAAUACAUGCGUGGUGCGAGCGCAUAUGUAUCACCUGCCAUCGAGGCGGUCUGCUUUUGCUUUGCACCUAGGCGUGUGGUUUAGACACCCUUCAGUGGGUUGGGAUUCGUACACGGAGAAUCCGCCGAAAUUUGUAAACCUGAACGUCGAGCUGAUUGGCUUCAACCUGCAUCUCAUGCGUUUGGUUGGCAGCAGGAAACUCAAAACAUGGACGCAUAGUAGAAAAUAAUUGUACCCUCAGUAAUGAACCAGCGAGAGUUGGACAGAGAAGACAACAUUCAGCCCACGGCAGAGGUUCGGUCGGACU